AUGUUACCGAAUUUCGAAUAUAUUGCCAGUCACAUUCAUGAAUAUAUAGAACAGGAAAACCUUUUUAACAUAUUCGAUGAGACUGAUAUAAAAACAAUAUUAAAAUCCACAAAAUUAACUCCAAAAAACUACAAUUCUCUUCUUCAACAGGGAAAUGAUAAAUUUAGUGUAUCGAAAUUAUACAAACUUACUCAAGAUGCUAGUGUUUGCAUGAAUGAUUAUCAAGAUAUAGUUUCAGUUUUAAAUUCAAUGAAAAGUUAUUUUAAAAUUCGACUUCUAGACAAUAUCCUUGAUACAUUAGAACAAAUUAAUAAACAUAAUAAUGAAUUACUUAAUUCUGUACUCGAACAAAAUGAAUCAAAUCUUCAAAAAAUUUCGAAACUUGAACAUGAAAUUGAACACUUACAAAACGAAGUUAAAAGAAAGGAUGCAGAAAUAUCUCGCCUUAAUGAACAUAAAGAACAUAAAAGAGAAAUUUUGUCAAAAAUAUCAUCAUUAAAAACAACAAAUGAUUUUGAAAGUAUCUACAAAUUUUAUAAUGAUCUUUGUAAAGAAGGAAACCAAAAGAUGAUUAAAAAAGCAUGCGACGAAGGACUGUUAGAAAAGAAAACUAAGGAAGGCGGCAAUGUACUUCAUCAAGCAUCGUAUAGAGGUGAUCUUUUGCUUGUUAAAUCUCUCAUUGAAUGUGGUGUUGACAAAAAUGCGAAGAAUGAUUUCGGAAAUUCUCCGCUUAUUAUUGCAUCAUGGAGAGGUCAUUUUGAAAUUGUAAAAUAUCUCAUCUCCAUUGGAUGUGACAAAGAAGCUAAGAACAAUAAAAGCAGCACUGCUAUGAUUCGUGCAGCAAUAUUUGGCAGGCUUGAUGUUAUUCAAUAUCUUGUCUCUGUUGGAGCUGACAAAGAAGCAAAAACAAAUUCAUCAUGUACACCACUCAUGAAAGCAGCAAGUAAUGGACAUCUUGAAGUUGUUAAAUACCUAAUCUCUAUUGGAUGUGACAAAGAUGCAAAAGAAGCAAGUGACUGGACACCUCUAAUUUUUGCUGCAGAAAAUGGUCAUCUUGAAGUUGUCAAAUAUCUUAUCUCAAUUGGAGCUAAUAAAGAAGCUCAAACCAAAAGAGGACAAACCGCACUGACCUGCGCAACAAAUAAAGGUCAUAAUGAGAUUGUCAAUUAUCUUAAUUCUAUUUGA